AGUCAUGACUUCUCCUUCUUUUGCAUGCAGAAGAAGAUACCUUCAUCAACCUAAACACCGUGGAAGGCAUUUUGUUUUGUUGAAUUUUUAAUUUUUGGGAAAUUCUGCUAGCAUUGUGAUCUAUAAAUUCAAUAUAUCCUGCUUCUGGUAUGCACAUAAUAAAUUCAUUGACACUCGGUUUGCCAAUCUCCUUUACUUCGGUUUUAUUGUCAUUAUGAGUCAGCGUUUACGAUUCGAUAUUUUUAUAAAUAUAUCGAUAUAUCAAAUUAAAAAAAAUCUAUUUCAAAACAUCGUAUCACCCGUUACAUCGUAUGGUAAAUAUCGAAUAAAUUCGAUAUAUCGAUAUUAAAUGAAUAUCCCUUGGCAUGACGUAUUGAGUUGAGUUGGCGAGCGAAAACCAAAACUUUUUCAAGGUUCAAGGUUACUCCUUUCACCAUUUACUCAUGAACAUGAUUGUAGUUUAAGCACUGUCCAGUACUUUGAAUAUGUUUUAGGUGAAAAUUCCUGAAAACUCAAUCCUUCAAAUGGGUAUCGAGAAGAUUAGCGAUGAUGGGGAUGGAAAAUUAGAAUACCUCUAUCCCCCUCAUCUCCUGCAGAAUUUAGAUUUUAAUAAAAGCCCAGCUAUAUUUAAACCAAAAAUAAGUGCAGUGCAGCCUGGUGAGGACUGGAUGGUUGUGCGACCUUUGCAAAAAAGUGAUUAUGAUAAAGGAUUCCUACAGCUCUUGGGACAGCUCACAAAUGUUGGAAAUGUGACUAGGAAGCAGUUUGAUGACAGAUUUAACCAAAUGAAACAAUCAGGUGGUUAUUAUGUGACUGUUAUAGAAGACAAACGCAUUUCCAAAAUCAUUGGUGCUGCUACUCUCACUAUUGAGCAAAAAUUCAUUCACAAUUGCUCUUUGCGAGGUCGGUUAGAAGAUGUUGUUGUUAAUGAUACAUACCGAGGAAAACAAUUGGGAAAACUAAUAGUGGUAACUGUCUCACUUCUGGCGCAAGAGCUUGGAUGCUACAAGAUGUCUUUGGAUUGCAAAGAUAAGCUGAUAAAGUUCUAUGAGACCCUUGGCUACAAACUCGAAGCUGGCAACUCCAACGCUAUGAAUAUGAGAACACUCCUCUAACUGCCUCAGCUAGUAUUGGAAUUCUUGGCGUUGACAUAUCGAGCGACGUCCAGUUCCGGGAUCAUUUAGAGGGCAAGGCCAAAUUGGCCUCGAAGAAGCUUGGUGUGCUCAAUAGAUCGAGAAUGUACUUCACACCGGCCCACCGACUGCAACUUUAUAAGGCACAGGUUCGGCCUCACAUGGAGUACUGCUCUCAUCUUUGGGCGGGGGCACCCCAGUACCAGCUUCUCCCUUUAGAUCGCAUCCAGCGCCGAGCGGCUCGAAUCGUCGACGAGCAGGACCUUUCCGAUCAGCUUGAUCCUUUGGCUUUGCGUAGGGAUGUAGCUUCGCUCUGCAUCUUCUAUCGCAUUUAUCACGGGGAGUGUUCUGAGGAAUUGUUCGGAUUAAUUCCAGCUGCUGCAUUUCGCCAUCGUACAUCGCGACAAAAAUUUCAUCCCCAUCAUCUUGAUGCGUGGCUAUCCACAACCGUUCGUUUUUGUCGAAUUUUUUUACCACGUACGACAAAACUGUGGAAUAUAUUGUCGCCAACAGUGUUUCCGGACCAAUACGACCCAAAAACCUUCAAAAAAAGAGCGUACUCCUUCCUUAAAGGCCGGCAUCGCAUUUGUGAUACUCCUGGUGUUGCAAGUGUUCAUAGGCGACGGUAAUCACUUACCAUCAGGUGAGCCGUCUGCUCGUAUGCCCCCUAUAACAUAAAAAAAAAAGUUAGCUUACAUUACCAUGGUGUGACGCCCUUGAAGGCCUAGGCGGGGGGGAUAUUAUGGAGCAAUGCCUCAGUUGCGAAGCAACGGUGGUUUAGUGGUAGAAAGCUCGUCCGCUACGCAGGCGGCCCAUGUUUGAUCCCCAGCCGAGGAAGGAUUUUUAUUUCAUUUUAUAUCAAUUACUGAAUUUCGGUAGCAAUUAUCCGCACACGCAUUUAAUUUUUUUAAUUUAACUGAAAAUUUUACACAUUAGUGCGUAAUCAAUUAAAUGUCUACGACUCAAAAAUAUUGUGUCCGUGAUGUUAGCGUACCCACGAUCAAUAUACGGUUUUUCGUUAUGCCAUCAAAUACUGCGUAAAUAGUGCCAAAUUAGUGUAAAAAUAAAAAAAUAGUGCCUCUUAAAUUUAAGAAAUAAAGACCAUUUUUACUGUGUACGCUAGCAUGACGUCAAGCUAGUGUACCCAUGGCCGUCCCCAAGAACGGCAUAUAUUUAAGCAACGAAAUUGACACACAAAAAUAUUUCGCAAAUAGUGCCCUGGCUUUACAAAAUUUCAUAAUCAAUACUCUUAAGGGACCAAAGAUAUAGUACUAAACAUUCUUAGCUGGCGUCAACCUGGCGUACCCAUAAUAGUUCUCAUAGAAAAUGAACUUUUCUCGUUAUCAAUUCUAUAUGUAUAAUAGUGUGUUAAAUAGUGCCUCUAACAGGAAAAGUAUUUUAAGCGAAUUCGCAUCACAACAAAACAUAAAGAGGAUGUUAAAUUCUAGGAACAAAUGUAUUGUAGUACAGUUGCACACAAAAUUAAUUUAUGCACUAAGAGAUUAUGUAUAUAUAUAUAUAUUUUUACUAAAACUAAUA